CUCAGUGUGUGGUGGUCUGUGUGCACUUCCAGUAAUCCUGCGGAGCUUUCAAAGCUCUGAGUGCUCAUCUCAUUCUGCAAGCUGGAAAUCGAGCUGAGAGGAUAAGUGGCUUGCUAAAGCUGCACAGCUAAUCAGGAGAAGAAGUCAAGAGUCCGAAGAUGCCUUUUUAAACCCUUAGACAAUACUUCAACUCUAGGGAUGGGGUCAACCAGUGAAAUAUUGACGGGUGUUGACAGAACUUUCCUUCUAGGUCAACUAGUGUUGUUAAACGUUUUGAUCCAGGGUACCAGAAAAACUGUACAAAACUUCCAGAAUUAGAUGUGGCCUGCACAACAAAUGUGCUCCUUAUUUUAUGUUGCUCAGUGCACUAUAUACUAAGACAAAUUCACUUUGGCUUUCCCCAAUUUCAUUAGAAUUGAUACACUCCUCACUGGAUGGCGGGAAGAUAACUGGCUAAAUAAACGUCUGACUUUUGUGGGCAUGUCACUGAAGUGCUGCCUGAGCCAGAAGCACUGUUAGAUUUUUGCCAGGAGGGUGCGGAGGCCUGUCUGAUGCCUUUUCUGCCUGACCUACUGUCACUUCCUGGUUGCAAUUUGUUCUGCUUUUUUUGCAUCUUUCUGCUUCCCCAGCUUUGCCAAGCCAGUGGGAGAGCGUCUGCAUUUGUGUGUGACAUCUGGCCACGUCCUUGUCAGCAUGCUGACGCUGCUCAGCACAGAAGGCAUGGGACUAGCCGUGCUUGUACGGGGAGAGGGAAGGCAGCAGCAACAGCAAGGAUCGUGAGGGAAGUAGGGUCCUGCAGGCUAUGGGCUAUGGCUUCUUGUGCAGGGAGAGGAGACAGAGCUUCCAGCAGCCGCAUCAGGGCUAGAGAAGGGGAACGUUGAAGGUUGGAAGUAGGUGCAAUUGAGAAAGGCAAGAGGCAAAGUCCUCCCAAGCCCCUGGGGAGGCAUUGCAUAAUUAUCCAAAAGCCAGCUAUUAAUAGAUCUUCUCUUCUGUGCCCUUCAGCUGGCACUACUGGGAGGAAAGCUCUGUGCCUUGAGGUUUUAGAGCAGUCACUGAUUCGGGGCAGCUCAGAGCUGUGGAUGCUGAAGGGCUGCUCUAGAGAGCACGCAGCUCUGCAGGUGUCUGAAAACGUAUGUAUGACAGAAAACUUCUUAUGUGACUGAAUGUGAAAUGUGGUGGGUGUUCUCCUCUCAACCUACUUGCUUCCGAAGUAGUGAAAGGUGCCCUAAAUGCCUUCUCUCCUCUUCAGAUACCACCUUCUCAAACUCCUUCAGAAGUUUGGCAAAGUAAAGCAAUUUGACUUUCUCUUUCACAAGUCUGGUGCUCUGGAGGGGCAGCCGAGGGGUUACUGUUUUGUGAACUUUGAAACCAAACAGGAAGCUGAAAAGGCGAUCCAAUGUCUCAAUGGGAAGCUGGCCCUUUCCAAGAAAUUGGUGGUGCGGUGGGCGCAUGCACAAGUCAAGAGAUAUGAUCAUAAUAAAAACGAGAAGAUUCUUCCAAUCAGUCUGGAGCCAUCUUCCAGCACGGACCCACCCCAAUCUAACCUAAGUGUCAGUGCAAAAAUAAAGGCCAUUGAAGCCAAGCUGAAAAUGAUGGCAGAAAAUCCAGAUGCAGAAUUUCCAGCAACGCCUGUUUAUUCUUACUUCAAACCACCAGAAAAGAAAAGGACUACUCCUUAUUCCAGAGCUGCCUGGAAAUCUAGAAGAUGAUGCUUAUGAGUGGAUAAUGGUAGCAAGAAACACUGCUUUAUAUACCUGGAAUCUUCCAAUGCUUUUGUACUUUGUAUAGUGAGAAGGAUACUGCCACCUGGGCACAACAUCACUGAAUACGGCACAGUGUUUUAUAACACCUUAGGUGGCCUGCUGAAUACUCCUUAUUGCCAGUGUAGCUUCACAGCUGAACGCUGACCAGAAAAGUAGGUUCCAUUCAAAGCCUGGAAUGAACACCCAGACAACCCAGACAAUUUUUGUUAGUGUGCGUUCAAUAGCGAGACUAGAAACAGUAACCAGUGUAUGGAGUAAAGCACAUCCAAAAAUGUUGUGUUUAACUGAUUACUUCUUAAAGUGUUUUUAAACAAAGAGUAUUCCACUUUGUGUGUGUUGUUGUUUUUUUGUGUUUUUUUUUUUUUUUAGUGGAGGGAAAGGACUUGGUUACGAGUGACAUUCUGUAGUUACCAUGGAAAGCUCUUUUUUCAUCUCAAUACAACUCAUUUAAAAUAGAUUUUGCAACAAUUCUAGCAACUGUGCUUUUGCAAUAUUUAUAUGCACCGAAGCAAAUUAGUUUUGCCUUUUGAUUUGCUUGCUUUAAGAUCAAGUUGGUCGUGACACAACACAGAUAUUUUCAUUGAGGUUGUAGGUAUGUGCCUCUGUGGUGGAAUUAGUAAAUGUACACACCACUGAGGUCCGUUCUGUGCUGUAAGCUUCUGAGUGCAGCAGUGGCAUAUCUAGUGUUCCCAUUCAGUAAUCCCCUUUAGUGGUAGUUCUUCAUAAACCAGAUGUGACAGCGUGAGAAUAACAUUGCUGCCUCAAAGACAUCUGUCAGGCACAUGACCUCAGCAUUUGCCCACCAACCAGUCUGACUUCUGUUUUUUGCUGGCUGGUAAAGAUGGUUGAUUAUGUCUGUUGGUGUAAUUUGAGUGGCACAAGUGUUUUGGGUGAAAUGAUGCUACUGUAUGCUUGAGGAUUAUCUGUAGAAGGUGUUAAAUUUACAAGUCUAAUGGAUAGCAUUUUGCGUAAAUCAUCAGAUAUUCAGCAUGUUCUCCUCCCUAAAUGUGCUCCGCAAAAUUGAAAGGUCUGGGGAAAGACCGUUGUCUGGCAGCGUGUUCUCCUUUGCGUGCAUAGCACUGAGGACGGUGCGCGCGACAGGGGUGUUGGAGAACGUGCACUCGGGUACAGCGGAUAUUGUUUUGAUUUUUGCCGAUGUCCCGUUUAUCGCUUGAGUCCUUUCAGUGGUGAAUCUUCACCUCGCCAGUCCCUCUCGAGCUGCUUCACCAAACCGAUGAACAACGGUCUCGGAGAAGAGGAGAAUAUAACAUUGAAGCAGCCCCUGGUUCCUCUACGCAGAUGUAGCUCUCUUGUCUAGCAAAGUAGGGUUUGUGUUCCUGAAGCGGUACACCUGUCUUACAGGGCCGAGCACGCUUCCUGCUUCCGAACGGAGUAUCUAGAAUCAAUCUGUAUGUGUGCAUGACGGAUGGAUUGUUAAAAGCCUGAAUUGUUUAAAAAGUAGGUCUCUUGCUGUUGAAUAUUUACUUUCUCAUUUUCUUUGGAUACCUGACUAAAGAGAAAAGUUGUGUUCUUUGGAGUUUGUAUCCCUGCGAAUGACAAUUACACCCAUUUACAUUCCUCUAUGAA